UUUGACUCUAAGGCGGUAAAGUUGUGUUCACUACAAAGUUUAUGUAAGUGAAUACUAAUUAAAAAAAAAAAAAACACAAUAAAUAACUAUUUAUUUAAAAUUACGCAAGACAGGGGAAGCGCUGGCGCAUACAAAGCCAAAGCAAUAAAACUGGUUUAAAAAAAUCCCCUAAGAUCAGCCAGUGAAGCUAAUGGCUUUACUUUUUGUGAUUUUUUUUUGUGCUUCUAACUGUUCGCAAAUUGGAUUGCUUUGAGAUUGCGGUCUGCUGUUCCAUUGGCGCCCUCAAUUCUUGACUAGCAAUCGAAGCUUUCCAACUUCAAAGUCAUGCAUUCACCACGCAUGCGAAGUUCGUCGAGUGAUGGCUCUACUACAGUGACGUCCUCUCCACGAAUAUUUGCACACUCGUCAUCUGUGGACACAACAACAUCGGGCGCAUAUUCCGAUGAAUCUUCGAACACAUUUAUUGGGACAGCUUUGGAAGACUCUGAAACAUCAGUAGUAUGCGCGGAAGAAUAUGGAGAGUUGACAGCGCAAGUUGCUUUAGAUUGUUCAUCAGAACUCAACGCCGUCUACAGCUCGGCUCGUGCUGAUCUUUCGGAAAGUGAGGCGCAGUGUGAGUUAUUACGACAACGUGUUACCGAUUAUGAGAUUAGAAAUUUCAUGCAGGUAUGCAGAAGCCCAGAAUAUCUUGACUUCCAUCCCGAACACUUACAGCGCAUCGUGGAGAAUGACGAUCUGAACGUAAGCUCUGAAGCAGAUGUUUUCUGGUCUAUUAAACGUUGGUAUAAACAUGAUGCGCAGACGCGACAGCAGCACUUACCCGACCUGAUUGCGUGUCUGCGGCUUACACAAUUCGAUGUUGACUUCUUGUAUGCGAAUAUCAACGCAAUGCCUGGUUGCGAGCUUUUGGUGAAUAGAGCCGUAGAAUGGCUACUUCGGCCUAACGCGCGCUCCACAAUACCUUUGCGUUUUACAAAACCGCGCAAGGUGCUGCGAACGGAAGAGGAUACACUUUGGUUAGCUGUGCAGACGCGAGGAGAUCAUCGUUUCGCCGACAAAUGCAUCCUACGUUACAGCCGAAUGCAUGGAGAAUGGCAGAAGUGGGCUGAAAUAAAAUUGGAGCGCAGCAAUUUCGGUGUAGUACAACUGGAGCACAGUCUCAUCUGUAUAGGCGGCUUGGGUCGUAAUAAUAAGCCUAGUAAUCGUGUGAACCGGUAUAAUUUGAAUACCCGUACCUGGGAGCCAAUGCCAUCGAUGGAGUAUCGUCGGGUUUACUUGAGUGUCGCGCUUUUGGAUGGCAGAAUAUAUGCCUUCGGUGGGCAGGAUGAAAAAUAUCAAGCGCUCAACUCGGUGGAAAUGUUCGACACUAUCGCUGGCCGUUGGCAAACUAUGACCAAUAUGCCAACCCGUCGCGCUGGUACUGGGACAGCUGUUUUAUAUGGCAAACUCUAUGUGAUCGGUGGUUUCAAUAAAGCACACUUGAGCGCAGUGGAAUGCUACGAUCCAACGAAAAAUCAAUGGACGCAAUGUGCUGAUAUGAAUGAGUCACGCGGUUGGCCGGGGGUAACUGUACACAAUGGAUGUAUCUAUGCCAUUGGCGGGUGGUAUAAUGGUGCGCUGCACACUGUGGAACGUUACUGUGCAGAGAGCAAUAAAUGGACUAUGAUUUCCGCUUUGAAUGUUGCACGUGGCAGCAUCUGUGCGUUGUCUAUCAAUGAGGAGUUGUGGGCGAUAGGCGGCUAUAGCGAGGGUGUGCUCAAGGACACAGUGGAGGUGUACGAUGCUGAAAAUAAUAAAUGGAUUGAAAAGAAGAUGCUGCCCGAAGCUGGUAGAUAUGUAUGCUAAGUGGACACUGAUUUGGAUUUUUGCUUUGUUUAUAGCUCUGGGAAAUCUAUCUGUACAACUUAUUAGAAAGAACCUUUAAACACAAUUGCAGCUGUGCUACUUUUGUGUGUUCCAAAUUUUUAUGGCUUCAAAGAAAACAAA